AGCUCACACGCCAGCAGCCCAAGUGCACCGAGUUGGCGAGCAAGUUGGGAGAGGGGAGAGCUCCUAUAUCUUGUUCCCUUCAAUGAAGCUGCUGAGUAGGAUGCCCGAGAAUGGCCAUUUCUGGGACUCUCAGUAAUUAUUUUGUGGAGUCAAUAAUAAGCCCUGAGAGUGAGGAGGCUCCAGCAGCCAAAUUCUCUGGACAGUACCCCAGCCCCCGGCCAGCAGCCCAUUCAGCUCACUCUGAGCCCUUGGACUUUCCCUCCUGUAGUUUCCAGCCCAAAGCUCCUGUAUUCAGCGCGUCCUGGAGCCCUCUGAACCCCCACCCAGCCAGCCCCCUGCCUUCUGUCUACCACCCCUACAUCCAGCAGGGCGCCCCCACUCCGGAGGGCAGGUACUUACGGGGCUGGCUGGAGCCGCUGCAAAGAGCAGAGAAUGGACCUGGCCAAGGAACUGUGAAGUCUGAGCCGCUGCUGGGGCCCCCGGGGGAGCUGGACAAACUGGGAGCCCAACAGUACAAUCUGGGCUCGCCUGCUGCAAGAGAAGAUGCCAAUGAAAGGGCCACUUUCCCGGACAAUAAACUGUGUGAAGGAAGCGGGGACAAAGACAGGACACAUCAAAGCAACCCCUCAGCCAACUGGUUACAUGCCCGCUCCUCCAGGAAGAAGAGGUGCCCCUACACCAAAUACCAGACCCUGGAACUGGAGAAGGAAUUUCUCUUUAACAUGUAUUUGACAAGGGACAGGAGGCAUGAAGUUGCCAGGCUAUUGAACCUGAGCGAAAGACAGGUCAAAAUCUGGUUCCAGAACCGAAGAAUGAAGAUGAAGAAACUAAACAAAGAUCAGAGCAAAGAUUAACCCUUCCCUUCCCCUGCUCCUUAUUUAUGGUACAAUGUGAAGGUCCAGCUGAAGGUUGGGUGCCAGAUUAAAGGCCAAGUUAAUACUACGGGGUAGCUGCAGUCCAUUACACUUAUUCUCAUUGUGUUUAUUUUGUUUUUCUUUAUACAGAAACUGACUGCACAAAGGUGGCACUUACCUUGCAUGAUCCUCUCAAGCACAAGGCUAGGGCUGCUUUUAAACAAGGCUAUUUACCCACAUAAAGACUGCAGCCUACCAAGACACAUCGCCACCACAUACCAUAAAUCAAUAAUCCCCAUAAAGAGGCAUAUAUAUAUUUCAUCCCAACCGCAUCUCUUAUUAAAGGGCCUUGAAACCAGCAAGACUCCCAUUUUUAUACUGAGCUUGAAUAUAAAACGUUUGAGAGAGACAGAGAAGAGGUUAAAUAGAAGCACAAGAAACGCCCUCGCUUUGCUGAAUUAGUUUUGUAGAAACCAAGGGUUAAAAAAAAUGUAAAAAAAAAAAAAAAAAGAUUUUUUUUGUUUGUUUUGUUUUAGAAGAGGGUGGGAAAAAGUGAAUGUAUCCCUAGAAGUAGAUAUUUAUAAUUUAUUGUGAAUUUACCUUUUUACAAGAUGUAGAAAUUGUUCCUUGUGACAAGUGACUGUAUAUUUUGUAUGUUCCUGUUGAAGACUUUAUACUUGAAAUCUCUGUGUGUAUAAAUGUAGUUUGUAUUUUUUUCAAGGUAUUUUGUCAUUUUACACUGUUUACAGUUGCGGGGGGGGGGGGGGAGUUCAUGAUGUUUUUAUUUCCAUGGUUAUUAAAUUAGUGACUUCAA